AUGGACAUUACUGUUCUCCCCAACAAUAAUCAUCCAGAGAAAUUCCUUCAACUUGAUGUGGGGAUGCUACCAGCCACACACGGAAUGUUCCAGAUAGGAGCAGCACUUUCUGGACAGAGGCAGUGGCACAACAGAGUAUACUCACAGGGAGAGCAGAGAGGAAGGAAGGAGGCAGAAAGACCACCAUCACCAGAGGGCAGCCCUGACUUCAGAGACAGUGAGCUGGAACAGCAUAUCACACCACUCACUCUGAAACCGAAGAUCAAGCAAAACCCCCUCUAUGUGGAUUUAAGGACUGUCGACAUAGAGGAGAACCAGAGAUCUAAACCAUCCUGGACCAUUGAGGACUAUGACAGACAUUCUCUGCAUGGCAACCUUGCCAAUUAUCUACAGGAAGACCCUAGGAAACUGAAUUUUUGGCUAGAGGAUCUCUACACCCCGGGCUUUGACUCCCUGCUGAAGAAGAAGGAAGCAGAACUUAAAAGGAACAAAAUGUGCCGAAUCCUGACUUCAGUUAUUGUGUCAGUGUGCGUAAUAGUGAUUGUUAUCACCGUGCCAAUUGUUGUGACACAAAAAAAAGACUGA